GAAGUAUCUAACAGUGGGCCAUGAGCUGAGGGGGCUGCACAGCCAGGGGAUGAGUCGUCUGACCAAUUCUGGUCUCAGCCUGAGCAGGACAGAGUGACCUUAGUGGCUGCCAGCAAGGGGACUCCGUGUGAUGAAAACAGGUGAAAGGGAAAUAAGGGCGGGCUCAAGGAUCUCAUAGUGAGAAGGAAGGGAGGUGCUAGAAGAAAUGCAGAGCAAGAAGUCUAAAGUGUCAGCUGCUAAAGGUGUGAGAUGUGCCAGAGCCUCUGAGCCUCGGGAAUACCACCAGCCCUUCUCUGGAGGUCCCUUUGCUGGGCUGAGGGCUGUGUGGUAGCUGCACAGCCCCCCUCAGCAGUCCAGCUUGGGAGGAGAAAGAAACCACCAUAAGGGAUCCUUCAAGAGCCCUUCAGGGCUUCGGAUCAUGUCCCAAGGAAGAGCAGCAGCACGUGAAGCUGCCAUACCCCAGGACCAGGGAUGGGCAUGGAUGGUCCUGCUUGCUGCAGUGCUGCUGCAGGGGCUGACAUUGGGCUUCCCCUCCUGCAUUGGUGUCUUCUUCAAGGACCUGCAGCAUGAGUUCCAGGCCAGCAACAGCGAGACGUCGUGGUUCCCAUCCAUCAUGGUGGCCGUGCUGCAUGGAGGUGGGCCCCUCUGCAGCAUCCUGGUGAAGCGGUUUGGCUGCAGGUUUGUAGUGAUGCUCGGUGGCCUCCUCAGUGGGGUGGGCAUGGUGUCCAGCUCCUUCUGCAAGUCCAUCAGCCAGCUCUACCUGACAGCUGGCCUCAUCACUGGUCUGGGAUCAUGCUUCUGUUUCCAGGCAGGAGUGACUGUGCUGGGCUUCUACUUUGUGCGCUGGCGAACCCUGGCCAAUGCCAUGGCAUCCACUGGGGUCUCUCUUGGCUUCACACUGUGGCCACUACUUUCUCAAUACUUGCUGGAUGAGAUGGGCUGGAGAAACACCUUUCUUAUCUUUGGAGGAAUACUAUUGAACUGUUGUGUUUGUGGAGCCAUCAUGAGACCUGUUCAGCUUGCAUCAGCAUCACCACUGCACUCACCCAAGCCUGCAGAGGAGCCAGGGAGAAGAGCAGACGGGGCACAGCUGUCCAAUGGGCCAUCUUCUUCCCAUCCCAAGUUCCAGCAGCAAACCAGAAGGACUGCAUGCUUCCAGCUGCUGCAGAAGUACCUGGCUUUUGACAUCUUCUGUCAAAACAAAGGUUACCAGAUUUACACAAUUGGAGUGACCUGGAUGAUGAUGGGCUUUGCAUUACCACAUAUCUACCUUGUGCCUUAUGCUGUCCAGAAUGGGGUGGAGGAACGUAGGGCAGCCCUCCUCAUCUCCGUUAUUGGGUUCAUCAACAUCUUCAUACGGCCUUUGACAGGGCUGCUCUCAGGACACAGACUCUUCACAGGGAGACGAAUCUACCUGUUCAGCCUGGCUGUGUUCCUCUGCGGGCUGAGCAACUUCAUUUGUGUCAUUUCAGCUGAGUUCAGGGUGCUCAUCAUCUACUGUGUCAUCCUCAGUGUAGCCAUGAGUGGUGUUGGGGCACUCACCUUCCAGGUGCUGAUGGAUGUGGUGGAGAUGGACAGGUUCUCAAGUGCUCUGGGGCUCUUCACUAUCCUGGAGAGCAUCACGCUCCUCAUUGGACCCCCUCUCACAGGUCUCCUGGUGGACAUAACUAGUGAUUUCCACUAUGUCUUCUACAACUCCAGUUUCUUCCUGAUAUCAGCUGCAUUAUUCAUGGGGCUCAGUUUCUGCACUCUGGAAAAAAAAACCAAAUUGAAAGAGGCUUCAAAAGUACCUUUAGAUAAUUCCUCCAGGUAUCAAUACAAUGAAAUGCCAUCUGAACCACAGCCUGAGAGCCAACCCCCCCCAGCAGUCAUGUACAUCACCAGCAUCUGAAAAGAAAGAGAAGGAAAAAAAGAGAGGAACACAAACAAUUAGGAGACCUGCACAGGGGCCAGCACUGAUGGCAGAUAAGGAAACAAGUGUCUGCUUUCCACAACUGGCAG